UUCAUAUUUCGUGGCACAUGAACACCAAAACGAAGGAUCACCCCCACCAGCAGACCUGAGGAGCGGACAGAGAUAGAGAUGUAAACUGCCUGAUCAUUAACCUGGAUUAUGUCAACUGCACCUGGAGUGCACAGGGGAGUCCAGAGGUCAACUUCACCUUCUUCCACAACAGGUUCAUCACAGGGAAUAUGGAGGAGUGCACAACAUAUCUCCAGGAGAAGAGUAAUGCUGUGGGAUGUAGACUGUCGUUUGACAUGUCUGACAGGUUUAGAACACUGACAACCAAGCUGGUCCAUCAGAACAAAAGUUAUGUGAAGAACCUUAACCUCAAACGCAUGGUGAAGCUUUACCCUCCUACCAACCUGUCAGUUGAGAUGAACAAAGACCCAGAGCUGAAUCUGUACUGGAACAACAGCAAGAACAACCAAUGCAUUGAGAGUGAAGUGCGCUACAGAAUAAACAACAACAAGUGGCAGAGUUCUACUCUGAGAUGGGAACAGAAAUAUAUUGUAAAUGACCCCUUAAAGAACAGUCGGUAUGAGUUUCAAGUGCGAGCACGAGUUAACAGCGAUUGUGGCGAGUCCGAGUUCUGGAGUGAUUGGAGUCAGCCCAUUCUAUGGGAUUCCAUGAAGGGAAAUAACAUCACAGAGAACGACUGAGAUGCAUCCUCAUUCCCAUUGUGCCUAAUCCAGGCAAGAACCUGGAGGACCUUCUUGACAAGGACAAUUUAGAGGUACUAUUUAUCACUGGUUGCUCUUUACCAUUCAAUACACUUCAUUAUAAUCUUUGUAUCUUAUAUGUGUUACUGUUAUCUACAGUGUAUAUCAAAUAUCUUAAGACAUUUGCUUCCAGCCUAACUUCCCUGAGCUUGUCUGUCCUGUUCGUGAGUACACUUUGGUUCCCCAAGCUGGCAGCAUCAGUGAGUCUGAGAGCAAACUCUCCAUCCCAACAGACCAGUCAGAUAUCCUGUCCACGUGCUCUUCCUCAACUUCCACUCUUCCUGCCACAAGUGAAAAUGAACGAGCUGGUAUUGAAUGAUUGUUACAAAGGUCUAAUAAUGCUUUAUAAUGUUUUUACAAUACAAAACAUCCACAUACAAAGACAACUACACCAACAUCCACAAUAUCACCCCUGCCCAGACCCACCUGCUCACACCCCCAUCUCCAGCACCUGCA